GUCACUUCCGGAAGACGGCGGGAAGAAUGGCGGCUCAGUCAAAAAAGUCCGAAACGGCUUUGAAUUUGAGUCCUACAUCAGGUCAUGAGCCUCCUAGAACUGGAGGGAUGGAGCUGCGGCAGAGGAAGGCCAGCACGAGUUCAUCUGAGGAUGAAGACCAUUAUAAUGUCCUCAGGAGGAUUGCUGAGGGCCAAUGUAACCCUGAAGCAGAUAGACAUAAAGGUCGUCCUGGUUCAGACCAGCCUAAGGGAGCUGGCUCCAGAGAUGGCAGUCCACGAGCAGGUAGCCCCACCGAGAGGGCAUUGUCGAAGUCCAGCGGCUCUGACAGUGACAGCAGUGAAGAUAACAGUGAGGAUGGUGUAGUGCACAAGAUGAAGAGUAGAGUCGCACAUAUCAGGCAUGCCUCUGAUGACGAGGGCAAAAACAGACAAAGAAGCUCCUCGCCUGACAGAGAUGAAACUCAGAAGUCACCUUCAAGAUCUCACUCCAGAUCCCGUUCUCCACCAGAUCGCUACGGAAGGGGUCGUAGGUCCAGGGAGCGUGAGCGAGACAGAGGCCGCUACGGCGAUCGAGGUUGUUAUGAGCGGCGCUCCAUCAGAGAGAGGGAUUGGGAACACAGGAGGAGGGGAAGGUCGGCCUCGCCAGACAAGAAUGAUAAACCUCCUGAGGAGCCUCCGGUGAAGAAGAGAAAGGAAGGGUUGGAUCCCAUCCUAACCCGCACUGGUGGAGCUUAUAUCCCACCCGCCAAACUGCGCAUGAUGCAGGCACUGAUCACUGACAAGAGCAGUUUGGAGUAUCAGAGAAUGAGCUGGGAAGCCCUCAAGAAGUCCAUCAAUGGUCUGAUCAACAAAGUGAACGUUUCCAACAUUGCCAACAUUAUUCAAGAGCUGCUGCAGGAGAAUAUUGUGAGGGGCAGGGGUCUUCUGGCUAGGUCUAUACUUCAGGCCCAGGCUGCUUCUCCCAUCUUCACCCAUGUUUAUGCUGCUGUGGUAGCCAUCAUCAACUCCAAGUUCCCUCAGAUUGGAGAACUUAUCCUCAAGAGGCUUGUUCUCAAUUUCCGGAAAGGCUACAGGAGGAAUGAUAAACAACAAUGUCUCACGGCAUCAAAGUUUGUGGCUCAUCUCAUCAACCAGAAUGUGGCCCAUGAAGUCCUGUGUCUGGAGAUGUUAACCCUGCUGUUGGAAAGACCCACUGAUGACAGUGUUGAAGUGGCCAUCAGCUUUCUAAAAGAGUGUGGUCUCAAGCUAACAGAGGUUUCCCCUCGAGGCAUCAAUGCCAUCUUUGAGCGCCUGAGGAACGUCUUGCAUGAGUCAGAGAUUGAUAAGCGUGUACAGUACAUGAUUGAGGUGAUGUUUGCCAUCAGGAAGGAUGGGUUUAAGGACCACCCCAUCAUCCCUGAAGGACUUGACCUGGUGGAGGAGGACGACCAGUUCACACAUAUGCUUCCUCUAGAAGACGAUUACAAUACUGAGGAUAUCUUAAAUGUCUUCAAGUUGGAUCCCAACUUCCUGGAGAAUGAAGAGAAGUACAAAGCAAUUAAACGGGAAAUUCUGGAUGAAGGAAGCAGCGAUUCUGGCGAUGAUGCAGAUGGCAGUGGAGAUGAUGAUGAUGAGGAAGAUGUAGAGGAGGCGGCUGGAGAUGAAGAAGAGAAAGUUACCAUUUUUGACCAGACAGAGGUGAACCUGGUUGCAUUCCGCCGAACGAUUUACCUCGCCAUCCAGUCAAGCUUGGACUUCGAAGAAUGUGCCCACAAGUUGAUAAAAAUGGAUUUCCCCGAGAGCCAAACGAAAGAGCUCUGCAAUAUGAUCUUGGACUGUUGUGCCCAGCAAAGAACGUACGAGAAGUUCUUCGGCCUCCUGGCUGGGAGGUUCUGCCUGCUAAAGAAAGAAUACAUGGAGAGUUUUGAAGGCAUCUUCCAGGAGCAGUAUGAGACCAUCCACCGCCUCGAAACGAACAAACUGCGCAAUGUUGCCCGAAUGUUUGCUCAUCUCCUCUACACGGACUCCGUUCCAUGGAGUGUCCUUGAAUGUGUAAGAAUGAGUGAAGACACGACAACUUCUUCCAGUCGAAUCUUUGUGAAAAUUUUGUUCCAAGAGCUUUGUGCUUAUAUGGGUUUGCCUAGACUGAACGAGAGACUAAAGGACAUGACUUUACAGCCAUUCUUCGAGGGUCUGUUCCCACGUGACAACCCAAGAAACACAAGAUUUGCUAUUAAUUUCUUUACAUCUAUUGGCCUUGGAGGACUUACGGAUGAGCUUAGAGAACAUCUGAAGAAUGCUCCUAAGAUGAUCAUGACCCAGAAUCAGGAUGUGCAAUCAUCUGAUUCUUCCUCAUCUUCCUCAGACUCCUCCUCAUCCUCAGAUUCCUCGUCUGACAGUGACAGCAGUGAGAGCGAUUCUGAUUCGUCUAGUGACUCAGACUCUUCCUCCAGCAGUGGCAGCUCUUCAGACUCAGACUCGAGGCACAAGAAGGUGUCAGGCAAGAAGAAAAACAAGAAAAAGGAGAAGAGCUCCAGCAAGGCAGCAAAACAGCAAUCUCCACUAGAGGAGCGGCCCAGCAAAAGACACGAGAGUCAGCAGCAAAAUAGCAGCCCGGAGGACCGCCGAAGAUCCAACAACCACAACAGAGAUUCCCGCCGUCGGGGAGGAGAGGAGGACUCGCCUCCUGCUCGACAGCGGGAAGAACCAGAGCGUGGAAGAGGACACAAGGACCAGCAGCAUCACAGGGACGCACAGGACUCGCGCAGCCGGCACAAGGACAGCAGCAAAAACGGCUCCCAGGUGGACAAGGACAAAGAUGGACGGUGUAGCAGAGAGAAGGAGCCUCUGCGGCGAAGCAGAGAGAGGUCAAAGUCACGCGAGCGGACCCGCAAGGACAUCAACUUCAGGGAUUCAUACAGAAACGGCAUGGAGAGGGCGGACAAAGAGAACAGGCAUUCUGACAGAUAUAGAGAGUCCAGGAGAAAAGAGGAGAGAAGCAGGAAUAGUUCUCCUAGGAGGCAUAGAUAGCCCUCUUGAAGAAGAGGGAAUAAAAAUCAUGAUAGUCAUGUUGUUGUACCAACUUUAAACCAUCCUUGUUCACUGCGGUUCUUACUUAUGUGUUCUUGCUUAGCCUCGAUUUUGCUGUACGGUAAAGCCAUAAUGAAAGCGAACAGUUGUUGCCGUGCACACAGACUAUGAAUCUGUGUAAAGAGUUCCUGAAAUGAUUUUAUCGGUUAAAAUGAGCUUUGUUCAUAUUGUGGGAGACAUUUAGUAUUUUAUGCAUACUAUAUAUAUCGCCCAAUUUUUUGUUGUUGUUUAAAAUAAUUGAGAAAAAAAAAAAGAUUAAAGAUGACAUUUGCUAUAAAUUGACAAGGUUGACUGUGUUUAUUAAAGGUUAGGGUCACAUAUGGUUUUUCAUUCUAUGUAUGUUAAAUAAAUGGUAAUCAAAACGGCAAAAACUAAUUAUAAUUCUAUGAACUAAUUCUAUGAAAAAUAAAGUGCUGUUUUGGUUUGAUUUCAAUAAAUCAAACCCAGUUUCUAAUAGUUUUAUCUGAAGAGAUCUCAGAAACAAACCUUGUAAUUGCAAUACACUUAUUUUAACAGUUCUUAGCGCGGGGUGAUAUGUUGAAUAUUCACAAUAUAUUUGUAACGAUUUCGUUGACGAAACAAUUUAAGUGACAUCGUGAUUAUUAAAUAAAAAGCAGAUAAAAGCAACGAGAAGGAGCCUCAGUGGGGGCCGUAUAAAUGAAAAUGAUUAAAUAUAAUUGUAAAUCGUGCGGAAAACAGUGUGGAAAACAUUCUGAAAACUGGAUUUUUACUAGGCAUGCACCGAUAUAGAAUUGGUGUGCCGAUACCAAUAUCAGAGUAUUUAGAACAACAUCUGCCGAUAUCGUUAGUUUGGUGGUUCUUCUAUUUUACACAACCUUGUUUUAAAUCACUUAAAAUGAAUUACACAACUUCAAAAUUAAAUUAAAAUCUCUUUAUUCUCUAUGUAUCUUGGUUCCCAGUUUUACAGUAACUGCUCCCAGUUGUACACAAAAAACUGAAACAAAAAGCACAUUAACUCACAUUAGCAUUCUUAACUCUCAUAAAAUUAAUUCUGAAAAGCCUCUGUAAGGCUUAUGUUAAAUUGGUAAGAUUUUGUAUUUUUGUUGUUCUUGACUCCCAUUAAAGGUGCUGUAAGCAGUAAUUUAUUUUUUUUUUUUUUUAUGGAAAUGCAAAAACAAUUUCUACUCCUUGAAAAAUAUGAAUGAAAUAAAGUGUCCUGAGAUAUCUCACUGUCAAUAAUUGUUCACGUUCUCAUAGCAUUGUAGUUGCAGCGAAUUAUUGAGGCUUAAUGCCAUUUUUAUGCCAUGUUGCUCAUAACAGUUGUCAGUUGAGGGUGCUGUUUUGCUGCUGUUGUGUUUAACAACCUUUUCUGCACUAUUUCGGUCUCAAUAAAGCUCUUUUGGUAUCUUUGGAGUAUGGAUUUUGGAAAGAGUGGCGUGACAAAUUAAACGGCUCAGUCUCAUGAAGGUGAAUCAAGUCACAUUUCUGUUGUAGCCAAUUUGUUUUUUUGUUGUGCUGAGUGUAAUACGCCACAUGUGAUUUCUGUCACAUCUUAUCUAAGAUGCACUAAUAUUACACCCUUGCACUGGACAUAAAUCUGCUUUGCUUUCACUGAAUCUGUCGUGCUAUAAGAUAGGAUUUCACAUCUGCCAUGAUCUUGCAUGUAUCUUCAGGGGUAACUGAGCCUACACUGUUUAAGUGAAGCCCAAUAUAGAUGUUUUUUUUUUUUUUUUUUUUUUUUUUUUUUUUUUUGGUAGUUGCCAUUGUUGGGAUGCAGGACAAACCCACUGAUUGUAAAGCAGCAAACUGCAUAUGAAUUAAAGGUCAUCAAUCAAGUGUUGGCUGUCAGUUAAGAGAGGAAAGAUUCCAUGUUUACUUAAUGCUACUGUACUAAACUCACUAGUUGCAUCAAUGUCUCAAAAACAUUUCCAGGUCACCAUGUAAGGUAUUUUCAUAUUAUUUUCUGGACAGUUAAGCACAUUUUACCACCAAUUUCUCAUUACCGUAAUGCAUUUUUAUAUUUCACUUUGAGGUUUUUGGAAACUUCCAUAAUUUUUAGUAGAUUCUUAUUAGAUUAUCAUUGUAAUCCAAAAUAUUUCUUAAAAAAAAUUAUUUACAUUGGUAUAAAAUAA